ACCAUGGCGACGGUCCCCCCGCCCCCCAGUAAACGGCAGAAAACCGCUGCUGCAGCCCUUGCUCAGACACAGGCCGAUGUCACAGAAGACAUGCCCGAAGGCGCAAUUCGCGUCCGAUUCGUAGAUCAAGCGACAGGUGAAGCUGGCAGCCUGCCUGUGAUAUCAAUAGCUCUGGCAAAUGCGACCACCAAGAACCUCGAAUUGCUGCUCAACGAGCUGCAGGAGCGCGGUGAUGACCGCAUCCCAUACCGAUUCUUCUACACCUCUGGAGGACCCCCAUAUGAUGGCGGAGGGGAGGCACUAGGUGACCGUUCAGACCUCUACAAUGCCUUAGUCAAACCCGGCAAGAUAUCUGCAGAAAGCGAGGUUACACUGCAAUAUGCCCCACAGGCCGUUUUUCGAGUACAAGCAGUUUCUCGGUGCGCAGCGGCAAUAUCAGGACACGGAGAGAACAUACUUACCGCUCAGUUCUCCCCGGCAAAUUCACAGAGAUUAGCUACUGGAGCGGGAGAUAAUACUGCAAGAAUAUUCGACUGCGAAACCGGCACUCCAGUCCAUACCCUCAAAGGCCACACCUCAUGGGUCCUUGCCGUAGCUUGGUCACCAGAAGGCAACAUUCUUGCGACAGGUUCGAUGGAUAACACCGUGCGGUUGUGGGAUCCCUCUUCGGGCCAGGCUUUGGGGACAGCAUUGAAAGGUCACACCAAAUGGGUCAACUCGUUGAGCUGGGAGCCCUACCACCUACAAGCAACGGGGCGCCCUCGAGUCGCAUCAUCCUCAAAAGACUCAACAGUCCGAAUAUGGGAUGUUGUUGGAAGAAAGAUCGAUUUUGCCCUUACUGGCCACAAGGACUCCGUUACGUGUGUUAAAUGGGGCGGAACAGGCUUGAUCUAUACCACUUCGCAUGAUAAGACGGUCAAAGUAUGGGAAGCGUCCACUCAAACCCUCAAGUUCACUCUGACUGGCCACGCUCAUUGGAUCAACCAUAUGGCCUUGUCAUCAGAAUUUGCCCUACGCACUGGGUACCACGAUCACACUGGCAAAGUCCCGGGAAAUGAGGUAGAAAAAGUCGCAAAAGCUAAAGAACGCUUCGAAAAGGCCGUCACAGUAGGGGGGGAGAUUGUCGAGCGUCUGGCCACUGCGUCUGAUGAUACUACAGUUUUCCUUUGGUCUCCGCUAACUUCGAGGAAACCGAUUGCCCGGCUUACGGGCCACCAGAAGCAGGUCAAUCAUGUCACAUUUAGCCCCGACGGCUUCUACGUUGCCUCGGCUGGUUUUGACAAUCACGUCAAGUUAUGGUCUGCUCGAGACGGAAAGUUCCUCUUCUCACUCCGCGGGCACGUGGCAUCAGUAUAUCAAUGCUGUUUCUCCGCAGACUCGCGACUGCUUGUCUCAGCAAGCAAAGACACGACGCUCAAAGCUUGGGACGUACGAACCGGCAAGCUUAAGCAAGACCUACCCGGACAUAAGGACGAAGUCUAUGCUGUUGACUGGAGCCCUGAUGGCGAAAAGGUGGGUAGCGGGGGUCGCGACAAGCAGGUCAGGAUAUGGAGGAACUGAGCGAUGAUGGGGCAAAUGGAUCAAAAACAGGCGUUGAUAGAUAUUCGAUCUUCACGGCCACAUUACUGUGACAACUUGCAACAAAGAUACCCAAAUCUUUCCAGGGAUAGGAUGAAAUCAAAAGUG